AUGAGCCCCCCAAAGCCUUCCUCCCCGAAAGGGGAACCGCCGUCAGCGUUUAACUCACGGACGUUCAAUCUAGAUAUGUCGAUAAAGGUUGACGCUCCUGUAGGAUCCAUGUACGUUUUUUAUGGGGGUGGGGUCAACCUGGGUUUCCGGCAGGGCCUUCAUAUAGUAGAUCUCGAUAAUCCAUAUGAUCCGCCACGCUUUCUCCAGCAUCUGACAGCUUGGUCAGUUGCUGACGUCCAAUGGUCGCCGCACGCAUCUCACUCUCACUGGGUGGUCUCGACGUCUAACCGAAAGGCCAUCGUUUGGAAUUUAGCUCUUCCGUCCCGCAAAGCUAUUGAACAUGUUCUGCAUUCUCAUACUCGGGCCAUCACGGAUAUCAACUUUUCUGCCCAUCAGCCAAACACCCUAGCUACGUGUUCGAUCGAUUCAUUCGUACAUUGUUGGGACCUAAGAAUACCCCAGCGUCCCGUUAUGAGUUUCUGCGAUUGGUUCGCUGGGGCAACCCAAGUCAAAUUCAACCGACAAAACGAGCACAUACUAGCUAGCUCACAUGACAAGUAUUUGUACAUAUGGGACAUGCGAAUGGGGGCACACGAAAUACGGAGGAUAAGUGCGCAUUCCACGAAGAUAUAUGGGUUGGAUUGGAACCGAACCAGGCCGUCUGGGAUCGCGACAUGCGCCCUUGAUAAGACUGUCAAGUUUUGGAACUAUGAAUCGAACCCUCAAGACAAGCCGGAGCGGGUGAUAAAUACCUCGUUUCCUGUGUGGCGGGCCCGGCACACGCCAUUUGGGCGGGGAAUCUUAACUAUGCCACAGCGAGGUGAUACGUCAUUGUAUCUUUGGGACCGUAGGACGGAGGCCGAUCACAUAGAUACGCCUGUUGAAACAUUUGCAGGUCACACCGAUCAUGUCAAGGAAUUCCUUUGGAGGUGGAGAGGUGGAGAGAGCGAAUAUGGGUUGGAUGAUCGUGAAUUCCAGCUUGUAUCUUGGGGCCUUGACAAGGACAUCCGACUUUGGAGUAUUGAUACGGAGGUCAUGGAAAGGGUUGGGCAUGACCCGAAGAAAAAGAUGAGAUUUAGGGUCACAAGAAGAGGGGCUCAAUAUAAAACUUAUCGUGACGAAGUCGCCGUCGUGAAGGAGUCGGGCACUGCUAGCAAAGUGGGGAGUAUAAAGGAGGGCGGAUUCAUGAGAGCCGGGAGGAAGCGGAGAAAAGAGAUUAAUCCUAUUACAUGGAUGAAAGGUGUCAAGAUAGAAAGGAGAAUCCCAGGGAGUGGGGGUGAGAGUGAGGAGAGCAGGAAUAGCACGAGAGGUAAUGGCUUGUUUGGAGUCGGAUGGGAUGGCCCCGAAACUCUUGGGGAUGAGAUAUCUUUGGUUGGAGUAAAGUUCCCAAAGAUCAACUUUGAGAAGGUUAACAUAGCUGCGAGAACAUGCACUGUAUCCUUAACGGGGCCCUGGGGGAUGGAAAACAAGUGGGUAUUUCUUAGAGCCGAUGUCACUUUUCCGUCGGACUACCCUGGAGAUGCAAAGAGUUUGCCUAUAUUCACGCUCGAGAAGACCAACUCUAUCCCGGAUGAUAACUUGGAGGUUAUUGAUGCGAACCUUAAAAAGAUAGCAGAAGCCCAUAUUGGAAAAUCAAGGGUUUGUUUGGAGCCGUGCUUGUGCUAUCUGCUAGGGGAGAGAGCUAAAGAUGCCACGUGGGACGGAAGUGAAGACGAAGGUCAGAGCAGUAGUGAUGACGAUGACGGGGCGGUUGGGCUAGGUAUCAGGAGUACUGAGGAGGAGGAAGGGAUGGGAGGCUUGCCUGAGAUUAAUAACCAAGCCAGUGUCCCACUUCCAAGAGCCUGUGGAGCUAUAUGGGCUAAUGAUGGAAGAUUGGUCUGCUUCUUUCCACCUAAGGAGGACAGACUGGGCCCAAGGAGCUUGUUGAGCUCACUAGUAGUUAGAGAUAGCGAAAGGACUAGACAGCCUAGCGGCCGGCUUUGGGAAAGUUUCGGACGACUUUACACCUCCACCACUGGGCCACGAAGGAGAGGGCACUGGCUAAGUGAAGCUGAUGGGGACGCUUCUGAAAACAGCUACAGCACCAGCAGCAGUUCUUCAAGUGACGAGAGUGACGAUUCAAUUUCUGGAGGUCCUCUUAGGCCGACCUUGGGCUGGAGGUUAAACGGGAAUAUUGGGAAGGGGUUUAGAAGAGGGGGUAGUACGGACAGGAGCACCCAAAGGAGCACCGGAACUGGGGUAAAAACCAUAAUUGGCUUUAAUCCUAGUAAGCCCAAGAAUGUGGUGUCUAUUCACGACUUUUCAUAUUUGCUCCCUGCCAAAAGAGAGCUUGCUGUGGAGUACAAAGUUUCCGGAGAGGGUCCCGAAAUCUGUCGCCAUAACGCGAGUGUGGCCGAUAAAUACGGAUAUAUCGAUAUGGCGGAUGUGUGGCGGCUUAUAGAAAUGGUUCUUUGCAACGAGGUGCCCCUGGAGAUCUGUGGAGACCCUGACGGCGAAGGCAAUGAAGACAACGAUGGGCUUGAGGAUAAGAUGACUGCGGUUACCAAUGUCGGAACUAAAGAAGAUUCAAUUAAAGUGGCAUAUUGGGGGAAAAUAAAAUGGGGGGCUCAUCCCUUGGGUGGAAGGUGGCUUGUGGGAGAUCUCUUCAACUAUUUUCAGAGGAAAGCAGACGUGCAAAUGUUGGCUAUGUUGAGCUGCAUAUUCUGCGAGGUUGACCCUGUGGAUGAGUUCGAGGGUGGGCUUAAAAUACCUUUUGAAGACGUACCUUUGCCUGGGAAAGUAACAGCAUACACCCUUGAAUAUUUUUCGAGUCUUGAACUUGCUCGUCAAACUCAGUCGAUGAUGUUGUCCAUUCCCCCGCAACACCAUUCAGCAUCCAUGACUCCAAUGACACAUGGCUCCUUUGGGUCAUCCAAUGGUGGUGGCUUCAAUAGUGAUCCCAGCAUGCCGUAUUCCACCGGAACAACACCUCCACUUCGAAAUUACGGACUUGACGUAGACGGUUUUUCAUCUUACCCCAGCCUUUCAUCGUCUCCUGAGCAAACCCACCAUUACAGGAGAUCCACAGCUGCGAUGGCUGCCAACUUUAGCGCCGGGCUCGUGAGGGCCUUUGGCCCUGGGACAGCGAGUCCCCCAAUUCGGAAGAGGCUUAGUCCAACUGAAAGUCUGAUGGGAAACUCCACUAAUGCUACUACUUCAGGGGUCACCUGGGGCCCCAUCACGACUUUUGGAAGCGGAUCAAAGGGUCCUCCUAGUGAGGACCUUACUGAGACCAAUUCAGAUCACGAGCACCCACCCUCCGCGAGAAUUACCAUGAUGAACCUGGACAAAUUCGAUGACGAGGGCAAUGUCAAUAUCCCAUUCCUCGACCCGGGCAAAACGAAACAAUACCGAUCUUACCGGGAAAACUACGCGGAUAUUCUCUAUGUCUGGAAUCUUCAAAUACAGAGACUCGAAAUAUUGCAGUUCAAUGGACUGAAAUGCAAUCAAGUGGAUGAAGAAGGGGAACUCGUUGGGUUCGGAAGAAAGCGCGGCAAUGCCGAUGGCUGGGAUGGCCUCGAGAUCGCAGGACACUGUUCGAAGUGCGGCGCCGUCCUGGACGUGACCAAGGGAGCCAGAGGCGAGUGCAAGGCCUGCAAAAGAAGGCAAAUCACCAUGACUUGUUGCGUCUGUGAUGUUAUCAUCAGAGGGCUUUAUGGUCCUUGUUUGCGGUGCGGUCACGUGGCGCACGCGGAUUGUCACGAAGCCUGGUUUUCCAAGGAGGGUAUUGCCGAGUGUCCCACUGGCUGUGGGUGCAAUUGUAUGCGCUUCGUCGAGAACGGGUUCAAGUUCGAGAGGGUCCUGCCGGUGCCCCCGGUGAAUAUUAGACCACCGAGGGAGGAGAGACCUCGGCGGCCUAUGAUGCGCCAUAAUCAUAUACUCUAAUUCUAUGGGUGAAAAGUACUCAAUAGCCAGUCGAGAGCGAGCAGCUGUGGACUUUUAAGUUGUUGAGGAUUGAUUUUUCGAGAUAUCCAUUAUUUGUCUUUUCCUUUAUUUUUUCAUCUUCUUCAGCGUACGCUUCUUGUUUAUGAUUGUGGAUUUAGUAGAGCUAUUUCAGAAAGGAUUCUAUGUGAUUUUGUCAUGAUUUAUUUCCUAUUUUACCUUGCAGCCGAAAAAUAUACCCAGAAAAAAGUUUUCUAUACCGCCAUGUUUGUAUGUGUUCUCUUUUUUUCUUUUUCUUUUCAGUUACGCAGAAUACAGUUUGGAUUUAGUCCUUGUAGUGAAUUCACUCCAAGCACUUGCCACCCCGA